CCCCUUUCCACGACUCCAAACAGUCACGACCCUGCCGCCUCUUAACCUAACGACAACUCCUUUCGAUAAUCUUGUGUUCGCUCCUUACGUCUCUAUGAAAGCCCGUCGGCAGCCAGCUCCAGCGCGGAUGGCCUAACCUCUCCCCUUCCUACAACAUACCAAGACACGAUCCUCUCCCUGCCUCGAUCGAAGCACCUCCAAUGCGCUCGCUAUCCUUACUCUAAGCCUCGCUCACUACGCCCCAGCCGUCUACCAAUUCCUCGAUCCCAGGAUGCCCAGUUUUCGUCGCAACCCCACGUCGAGCUUCAAGCUCCUGGCCGCCUUCCUAAUCAUCACAUUCUACCUAGUAAUACGAGGCUUCUCCGGCUCCGAAAGCAGCAGUCAUAAGAGGAGGCAUGCACCGCUGGGCGCACAUAUCCAGUUCGAAGGGUGGAAAAACGGCAGUGGGCAUGCCGAUGAAGAGAAGGCGACUCAAGUCCGAGAGGCCAUGAAACACACCUUCUCUAAAUACCGGGAAUAUGCGUGGGGUUACGACGACAUAAAGCCUGUCUCUGGUGGCAAUGGUACAAGUAGGAAUGGGUGGGGUGCCUUCAUUGUCGACACCGCUUCUACACUCGCUUUAAUGGGGAUGUGGGAUGAGCUCGAGCUUGAGGUGGACCAUAUCAUCGACAAGGUCAACUUCACAACCGCGUAUGGUCUAGUGGACCCAUUCGAAACUACGAUCAGAUAUCUGGGUGGACUAUUGUCUGUCGUCGAUCUGAUUGACGCCGGUACUGUCCCUCCUGGCAUCAUCAUCAACAGCAAACGGGACGCCCUCCUUGCCCAAGCUAUUACACUCGCCGACAAGCUCGCGCCCUCAUUUGACACUCCUACGGGUAUGGUUUGGCCUCGUGUUAACUUCACUACAAAUGAAGGAUCGCCAGACCCUCCCUCCGUGUACCUUCUGGACCCCUCUAAACCCCGCUACAAGAAUCCCUCCAUCGGACCCGCUCGCGCUGGAUCCAACAUCCUUGAAAACCGAGUCCUCAGUCGACUCACUGGAAAUGUUGCGUACGUCAACAAUGCCACCCGGGCUUGGGCUCCGCUGGUCUGGAAUAAAUUCGAUACGCCAUGGCCUGGAAUGGUGGACGCUCCUAUCGAUAUUAUCACCGGAGCACCGGUUGGCAGGGUGCGUCAUUGGGACGCUGGGCACGACUCAUACUACGAAUAUCUCAUCAAAGUCGCCCUCUUAGCACAAGGAGACCUCUACACUCCCUUCUACCAAAACGUGUGGACCGACGCAGUUACUGCGCUACGACAUCACCUCGCAUCACGUUCCGCACCCCAGGAUAACCACAAAAAGCAACAUGUAUUUAUGGGCAAGCAAGAAGCAGGAUGGUUCAUAAACGAGCAAUCGCACCUCUCCUGCUUCGCAGCCGGGAACAUCAUGCUCGGCGCUCGCUUUCUCAACCACCCGAACUUUCUCACCUUGGGCCAGGCGUUACUAGAAGGCUGCCGCCAUGUCUACGCCUCAACCCCCACGCAUAUCGGCCCGGAGACCUGGUCGUGGAUCCCCAAAUUCGGCUACGGCAACGCGACCUUCCACCCCUCGAGCGACCGCCAGUUGCAGGAGCUGAACGACACAGGGAUAUGGAUGGCCGACGCGCAGUUCAAACUCCGACCCGAAUACGUUGAAAGCCUCUUCUACGGCUACCGCAUCACCGGCGAGGAGCGCUACCGCGACUGGGCCUGGGACGCCUUCCGCGCAUUCGAAAGACACUGCAAGACCAAAUUCGGCUACGCCGGCUUGCGGGACGUCACGCUCCGGGGCGGCGAAUCAAACUGGAAGGACGAGCAGGAGAGCUUUUGGGGCGCCGAGACGUUGAAGUACUUGUGGCUUAUUUUCAAGGACCCGAGCGUAGGGAGCUUGGAUAAGUGGGUGUAUAGCACUGAAGGGCAUUUGUUCAGGAUGAUUCGGUAGGGAUUUUGGGAUUGCUUGGGUGGACGGACAGAGCGUGAUACCCGGUUGCUACCGAUGAUUAGAGCGUAGCUGGCGUUAUUGGGACAGGGGAUUCAUCUUUACUGCAUUGGCGUUUUGUAAUGGUUUUAUGAGGCGUGAAAUGCCGAGACGACGUCGAUUCCAUGCUGCAAUUACCCAGAGCAGACACGUUUCCCGACCCAGUUAGUCUGCCUUGCAUGGCCGCGCUGA